UGUUAAGCGAUUAACUUUUCGAUUUUUGCCCGCACAAGGUCUGAUAUGGGUGCAAUUGCAACUGGCAUUCGUGUUUAUAUUGCUAUUGUGUCAGUUAUCUGCUGCAGGCAUGUUUAAACGCCUGAAUUGGUUGGAUGACAUUGACACGUUGCAGAGAAACUACGGCGUGGCGGUGUCGGAUGUUGACGCUGAUGGCACGGGGGAUUUUGAAUGGAUCGUAGCCGGUUUUGCUGGAGCAAAUUUCGUUCUCAAGUUCAACACCUCAUCAGGAAAGCUUGACAACAUCGCCAAAGUCGGUACCCCGUACACAGAGCUGCGUGACGUGGAAGGGAAAGCCAUUGGGGUGUGUGCCUGUGAUAUCGAUGGCGAUGGUAGAGAAGAGAUCUACUUUCUAAACACGAACCGAGCGUACGCUGGAAGAUCAAGUUAUGGUGACAAACUAUUCAAGUGGAGAGAUAGGAAAUACGUGGACUUAUUCUCAGAUCCUCUGAACAGUGAAAUAGAUGCUAAAGACUUUGCCGGGCGAUCCGUAGCUUGCAUCGAUAGACUUGGCACAGGAAAAUACUCCAUUAUAAUAGCUACCUAUUCGCAAGGCGGCACGGGAAAGUUUGCUCUGAUUGAAAUGGAUGUUGCACAUCCAGAAAAUAAUGCUGAAGAUGGGUAUAUUAUAUUGAAAAAUGUUGCUAUGGACGCUGGGAUUGAAAAAGCUACUGGUGGGCGGGGUAUUGUUGUGGGGCCAAUACUGAGCACCGAUGGUAGAAGUGAUAUUUUCUUUAAUAACGAAGGAAAUCCCAGGUUGAAAAACCCAGGAAGUAAUUUCCUUUUUAAAAAUCUUGGAAAUGGCUCCUUCAUAGAUGUAGCUAAUCAGGUUGGUUUAAGGGAUGAGGAAGAAAAUGGUAGAGGUGUUUACUUGUCAGAUUUCAACAAAGAUGGUCGAAUUGAUGUUGUACAUGGAAAUUGGGAAGGCAAGCAUAGAGUUUUCUUACAGAAAGAAGAAAAUGGUAAAAUAAAGUUUGAAAAUGUAGCAACGUCAGAGUUUGAGACUCCUUCACUAAUUAGAACUGUGAUAUCAGCCGAUUUUGACAACGAUGGCCAUCUGGAAAUAUUUAUGAACAAUAUUUACGCACAGAAUAAUCCUCAACCGAAUCGCUUAUUCCGUGUAACGUCACAUGGUCCCGAGGGUCUGCCAGACAUUGAGCAGAUGGCGAUAGGAGAUGCCGUGGAAACAGACGGCUGUGGAACAGGGGCUGCCGUGGCAGACAUUGAUAGAGAUGGAAACCUUGAUUUGCUUGUUUCACAUGGAGAAGAUCGUGCUCAGCCUCUCCAAAUUUAUGGAGUGGUAAACACAAACAGCAACCAUUGGAUAAGAGUUCUCCCCAGGACCAAAUUUACAGCACCAGCCAGAGGGGCCAAAGUGUCUGUGACCAACUCUGUGGCAGAGACGCAGACAGUCAUCAUUGAUUGUGGCUCAGGCUACUUGUGUCAGAUGGAGCCUGUAGCUCAUUUUGGUUUGUCGGACACGUCUGCUGUCCACCUCACUGUUCAGUGGCCAGACGGGAGAAGUGUUAGGCAGAAAUUAAGUGAAGCAGACUGUAACAGACUUCAUGUGAUAGACCACCCUGAUUAUGUGAUAUCCUCAACACUGAACAGUUCCCCUACUGGGAAAAACGACAGCUCAAACAAAAAUAAGACUGCAUUUCAUGAGGAGUUAUGAAAUUUUACGUCCUAUUUAUUUAU